GCAGCCAUGUUGGUCGUGGCUUGCACAGGGGCCGGCUCCAAGGGGUUAUAGAAGCAGGUGUAAUGAUGUUGUCCGCGGUGUUGAGGCGAACCGCGCCGGCGCCGCGGCUCUUCCUAGGGUUACUCAAGUCUCCAUCGUUCCAAAGCCGCGGAAGUGCUUACGGCCGGAGCGUAAGCAGCGCAGACCGGGGAGAGCCGCAGCGGCUGAAAGCUGCCGCCUGGGUGCGCCCUGGAGCAUCUUCUAUCUCGUUCCCCGGACGGGGGGCAGCCACCGGGGGGCGCCGUGGAGAACGCACCGAGAUCUCCUGCCUAGCCGCCGCCUCGUGGGGACACGGUCCUAGCCCCGAAGAAACACUGCCCGGACAGGACAGCUGGAAUGGGGUCCCCAACAAGGCAGGACUGGGCAUGUGGGCCCUGGCCACGGCGCUGGUGGUUCAUUGCUACAGCAAGAGUCCUUCCAACAAGGAUGCAGCGCUGAUGGAAGCUGCCCGUGCCAACAAUGUGCAGGAAGUCAAAAGGCUGUUGUCAGAAGGUGCAGAUGUCAACACAAGGCACAAACUUGGCUGGACAGCACUGAUGGUGGCAGCCAUCAGCCGAAAUGACAGCGUGGUGCAGGUCCUGCUUGCUGCUGGAGCUGACCCAAACCUUGGGGAUGAUUUCAGCAGUGUCUACAAGACUGCCAAGGAACAGGGAAUACAUUCUUUGGAAGUCCUAGUCACUCGAGAGGACGACUUCAACAACCGGCUAAACAACCGUGCUAGCUUCAAGGGCUGCACAGCUCUGCACUAUGCUGUCCUGGCCGACGACUACCGCACUGUCAAGGAGCUACUGGAUGGAGGAGCCAACCCCCUUCAGAGGAAUGAGAUGGGACACACACCCGUGGAUUAUGCCCGGGAAGGAGAGGUUAUGAAGCUUCUGAAAGCAUCUGAGACCAAGUACAUGGAGAAGCAGAGGAAGCGUGAGGCAGAAGAGCGGCGCCGCUUCCCACUAGAGCAGCGGCUGAAGGAGCACAUCAUUGGCCAGGAGAGUGCCAUUGCCACCGUGGGUGCUGCAAUCCGGAGGAAGGAGAAUGGCUGGUACGAUGAGGAGCACCCUCUGGUCUUCCUCUUCUUGGGAUCAUCUGGAAUAGGGAAAACCGAACUGGCCAAGCAGACUGCCAAGUAUAUGCACAAAGAUGCCAAAAAGGGCUUCAUCCGGCUCGACAUGUCUGAGUUCCAGGAGCGACAUGAGGUAGCCAAGUUUAUUGGCUCUCCACCAGGCUACAUCGGACAUGAAGAGGGUGGCCAGCUGACCAAGAAGCUGAAACAGUGCCCCAACGCAGUUGUCCUCUUCGAUGAAGUGGACAAGGCCCAUCCAGAUGUGCUCACCAUUAUGCUGCAGCUGUUUGAUGAGGGCCGCCUGACAGAUGGCAAGGGGAAGACCAUUGACUGCAAGGAUGCCAUCUUCAUCAUGACUUCCAAUGUAGCCAGUGAUGAGAUCGCCCAGCAUGCACUACAACUGAGGCAGGAAGCUUUGGAGAUGAGCCGAAAUCGAAUUGCCGAAAACCUUGGGGACGUCCAGAUUAAUGACAAAAUCACCAUCUCAAAGAACUUCAAGGAGAAUGUGAUCCGUCCCAUUCUGAAAGCUCACUUCCGGAGAGAUGAGUUUCUGGGACGGAUCAAUGAGAUUGUCUACUUCCUCCCUUUUUGCCACUCAGAGCUUAUCCAGUUGGUCAACAAGGAACUGAACUUCUGGGCCAAGAGAGCCAAGCAGAGACACAACAUCACACUACUGUGGGACCGCGAGGUGGCAGAUGUGUUGGUUGAUGGCUACAACGUCCACUAUGGCGCCCGGUCCAUCAAGCAUGAGGUAGAGCGCCGUGUGGUAAACCAGCUGGCAGCAGCCUAUGAGCAGGACCUAUUGCCAGGGGGCUGCACCCUGCGCAUCACCGUGGAGGACUCAGACAAGCACCUCCUCAAGAGCCCUGACCUGCCUUCACCCGAGGCUGAGAAGCGUCCGCCCACAUUGCGUCUGGAGAUCAUUGAUAAGGACAGCAAGACCCGCAAACUGGACAUCCGGGCACCACUCCACCCUGAAAAGGUGUGCUACACCAUCUAGCAUCCACCUGCCUGUGUGUACCCUGAACAUCUAAUAAAGACCCCUUGCUGUGACAUGGCAA